GAAACGCGUCGCGCUGCGUCACUGCUCUCCAAAGCUCGGCACGGACGAUGUGGUUCACCGGCGUGGCCAUCGCUUCAGUUUACGGUGUAAUCAUCGUGUUUGGACUUAUAGGCAACAUCACGCUCAUCAAGACGUUUUGUUCCGCCAAAUCCAUCCGCAAUGUGCCAAAUCUGUUCAUGUCAAGUCUGGCUUUGGGGGACGUUUUACUGCUGGUGACCUGCGCUCCGGUGGACGCCAGCCGCUACCUGUCAGAAGAGUGGCUGUUCGGGAGAGUGGGCUGUAAAGUCAUCCCCUUCAUUCAACUCACUUCUGUUGGGGUGUCUGUGUUCACUCUUACGGCCCUCUCUGCUGACAGGUACAGAGCCAUCGUGAAGCCCUUGGACAUCCAAACAUCGAGAACCACUACCAGCAUUGUCCUGCGGGCAGCGCUCAUCUGGCUCUUCGCCCUGAUCCUCGCUAUCCCCGAGGCUGUUUUCUCUGACCUCCAUACCUUCAACCUCACGUCCACUAAUGAGAGCUUCAUCACCUGCGCCCCUUAUCCCCAUCUUGGAGAUCUGCACCCUAAGAUCCACUCUAUGGCCUCGUUCCUAAUUUUCUAUGUCAUUCCCCUGCUGGUCAUAUCAGUAUACUACACCUUCAUCGCCCAAAGCCUGAUGAGGAGUGCCACAAACCUGCCUGUGGAGGGAAACGUGCAUGCAAGGCGACAGGUUGAAUCAAGAAAGCGCUUGGCGAAGACAGUUCUGGUGUUUGUUGGUCUCUUUGCAAUUUGCUGGCUUCCCAGUCACGUCAUCUACUUAUACCGCUCCUACCACUACUCCCAGGUUGACACUUCCCUGGUUCACUUUUUGUGCAGCGUGAUUGCUCGUAUCCUGGCCUUCACCAACUCCUGCCUCAACCCCUUUGCCCUUUACCUGCUGAGCAAAAGCUUCCAGAAGCAGUUCAACCAGCAGCUGUGUUGUUGCUGUUGUAACAUCUAUGAGCGCAGCACACAGAGUCCGACUCAUUAUAACACCCGCGUGACCUCUAUUCGCAGCACAAAUCACUCCAUGGUAAGUCUGAGUGCGGUGAAUGGCAAACAGGAAGAAUAUGAGGAGGAUUAUGUGUAAGAGAAGGUCUGCUUCUGCAUUUGUUUGUGUGUGAGAGUGGAAUAAAACAGCAUGCAUGGUUUCCACUUUUCUUUUUGAGUUCCAUUCCUAAUAUAUUAAGUACCGGGUAAGGCAAAGGUCAAAAUAAAGACUUCUGACAAAUCAGCAGAGGCUAUUCUUGACAAAACCAACUACUGAUCUGGUCGAUUAUAAGCUGCUGCUGGUAACUGAGUUACAAUCUGUUCACUUAACGAAGGAGUAACUCUUGGCUCCAACCCACAGACUUUAUAUAAGAAGUGGAUGUACAUACCUGUACUUUUUUUCUUUGUUAAACCAGAAUAAUUCUCUACCAUGCUUUAGUUGCUAUUAGAAAAUACUGAUGAAAAAAACAAGGAACUCUUUCCAUUGCAUCUCUGCAUUUCUACCUUAUUAAAUCUUAUCUUCUGUUCACAAUGCCACCACGCUGCAGUCCAACAGGUUUAACUGUUGAUCAGUGUAGUUCAGUUUGUGACCAUGAAAACAUUCUAAUCAGCACCAUGCACACAUUAAAGCUGAGGCUCAUAUUAUGAAAGAAAACAAACUUUCCCUUCUCUAUCUGUAAAGGUUGAAGUUUUAAAGAUUUAUUUUUGGGCUUUUGUGCCUUUAGUGGAGAGAUAGGACAGUGGACAGAGAUGGAAAUCAGGGAGAGAGAGUGGGGAUUGACAUGCAGGAAAGGAGCCACAGGUUGGAUUUGAACCUGGGCCGCCCGCGUUAAGGACUACAGAAUCCAUACGUGGGACGCACGCACUAACCACUGCGCCACGUAAAGGUUGAAGUUGACUUAAGUUAAUCAACACUGUAUCCUAAUCAUGUUGAUAAAAACGUUAAUUACUUUCUACCACCAAUUCAUGGUAUAUAAAUUACAUUUGUAGGAAACAGGGUUGAGCUUUUCAUGAUGCAAAAUAACACAAUUGUAUAUCCUUUGUACCAAGUAGGUGACAACAAAUCAAGCAUCCACAAUCUCCGUUUCAUAUCACAGUAAAAACACAUCAAGGCAGUGUGCUGGGUUAGCUCCGUUGGCAGAGCAGGUGCCCCUUUGUACAGAGGCUACAGUCCUGGUUGCACUUGUUGCAGGUUCAAUUCCUGGUCCUAUCACUGUUGGUGCAUGUCAUCCCCCACUCUCUACCCCCAUAUUUCCUGUCUCUCUCAAGCGUCCUAUCAAAUAAAAGCAAAAUAGCACUGACUUGUUUGUUGGAAACUACAAGGAAA